GCUGCUUUUUAUAAAUCUACAAAUCCCAUUUAAUCUUAUGAUAACGUGCGUCUGUAGCAUCAGCAGAGUCACAGCUGGUCUGGCUACGGACUUUUUAACAAUAAACCUAACUGUAGUAUCCAACAUAGAGCUUAUUCUGACUCUGUAAACACAUACGGGUAUUGGUGUCUGAUUCUGGAAAGGUGUCCAUAUGUUUACACCUUUAGGCAAACUGAAGAUUAUUCAAUAACACAUGCAUGCACAUUUGUCCUACAGUUUGGUAUAAUUAAUUUAGUUUUAGAAGGUUUUCCGCAGCCACUUAACUCCCCAGGCUUAAGUCAGACUGUUGAAUGCUCUCGGACAUCAAAACCCGGAUUACUCUUGGAAAAUAUGGAAACAUAACGUUACAUAACGUAAAUAAAAACAUUGCAGCCACCGUGUGUUCAGAUUGGUGAGCGCUGCACGAUGUCCCGGAUGAUGCUCGCACCGGAAGAGAAGGAGCAGCUCUCCCAGCCAUCUUGUGGCAGCAUCCAGCGAAUUGUUCGCAUCAAGCCUCGUAGAAUCGGAGGUGAAUCCCGCUGAAGGGGCGCCAUCAUGCCCGGACACCUGCAAGAAGGUUUCGGCUGCGUCGUAACCAAUCGGUUCGACCAGUUAUUGGACGAUGAGUCCGACCCGUUCGAGAUCCUGAAAGCUGCUGAAAACAAGAAGAAGGAGGGGGCCGCUGCUGGGUCCACCAAGACCGCGGCUCAAGCCGCCAAGCAGCCGAAGAAGGAGUCACAGAAGGACAGGAAGAACCCGCUGCUGGACAAGAAGGAGGAGUCCCAGGCUCCAGUCCCUCUGAAGAAAGAAGGUAUCAGGCGGGUGGGCCGAAGACCAGACCAGCAGGGCCAGCCUGGUUCCCAGCAUCAGGGCGGCCAGGGCGAAGGGCGACCUGGAGACAAGAGGCCAGACCGGAGACCUCCCCGCGAGCGCCGCUUUGAGAAGCCUGCUGAGGACAAGCCAGAGGGAGGUGCAGAGUUCUCUGCAGACAAGCCUUCUGGAGACAGGCCCCCAAGAGGGCGUGGUGGUGGCCGGGGUGGACGUGGUGGAAGAGGACGGGGCAUGGGCCGGGGAGACGGCUUUGACUCUCGUGGAAAGCGAGAGUUUGACAGACACAGCGGCAGUGACAAAUCCAAUCAGAAAAGUGAGGAGAAGCGCAGCGGCAGUGGCUCAAACAACUGGGGCAAUGUGAAGGAUGAAGUGAGUGAGGCUGAACAGACCGCUGCUCCUGAAACAGCCCCAGAGGGAGAGGAGAAUGCACCUGCCGGUUCUGAGAACAAGGAGAAUGAGGUUGAAGAGGUCAAAAACGAAGGCCCCAAAGAGAUGACCCUGGAUGAGUGGAAGGCCAUGCAGGAUAAGGAGCGCACCAAGGUAGAGUUCAACAUCCGUAAGCCCAACGAAGGAGCAGACAGCCAAUGGAAGAAAGGAUACGUGCUGCACAAGUCUAAGAGUGAAGAUAGGCCCGUUGGUGCUUUGAUUGAUGCCACAGAGACAGAAACAGACACACACACUCUGUACCACAAGGCCAACCCUGAUGAGUCCAGUGACCACCACUUCCGCAAACCAGCCAACGACAUCACAUCCCAGCUGGAGAUCAAUUUUGGAGACCUGGGCCGCCCUGGCCGCGGGCGUGGGGGAGCUCGCGGAGGCAGGGGAGGCCGCGGUGGGGGAGGCAGCAGGACGGCACGCGGGGGAGGACGCUCCGAAAAGGCUAGUGGAGCGUCAGUCCCCAACGUGGAUGACCCUGAGGCCUUCCCAGCCCUGGCCUAAAGAUUCCUUUUCUACCACCUGUCCACCCAUCAGCCCUUCCGGGCCCCUCCUCUACGAGGCUUGCAUGCUUACCACAUCUUCAAGUAUAUAAGAAAACAGAGAGAAAAAAAAAAAAGAUUUUAAAUGACAAAAAAAGACUGUCAUCCCAUCCCACUCACACCACCAGAGGACUAAAAUUUUACCUGAUUUUACCUGUUUUAAAGGAGAGCAAAAGAAAAAAAAAAGGCGGAAAAAGGACCUCUUGUUACACUGAAGUUUUGUAUUUAGGAACAUGAAAGCAGGGAUGUUUUCAUACUUUUUUCUUUUUUUUCAGAGAUUAUGCAUACUUCAUUGAUAUUUUGUGCUGCUUGAAUUUAUGCAUUUCUGCAGUUAGGUUGAAGUGUGUGUAUCUCCUCCCCUGAAGCUUUUGAGCUUUUUUUUUUUUUUUGUUGCCCCCCUCAUGACUUCAGCUCAGUAUUAUGGGGUCAUCUUAGAAAAGACUUUCUACUGGAGUUUUUCUUCCCAGUAAUACACACUGAUGUGGUAGCAUUACACUACAUAGAAAAGUUGUACUAGGUAUCUCAACAUGCUUUUAAAGUGUAAUUACUCUGAUCCUGACUACCCAUCCCUCCGCGAGGCACAAAUUCAGGGUGGGUAACCAGGCAGUGACUUCCUAGUAAAGCUUAGUAUUUUUCUGCUCGUUGUGCAGUGAAAGUAAAUGCCUCUUUUCCUUUUAUUUUUUGAUAGCUUGCCUUUUUUGGUGGACCAGUGGUUAGUAAUGCUUUGUAUUCCCUGAUACAGAUGUGCUACCUGUGUUUUCAGGGUGUCCCAGGGCCCAAUGUAUAUCUUUAGGCUGGUCCUUGUAGGUCAUGCAGCAGACUGUACUACUUUUUACUUCAGGACCACUAAGCUUUUUUUGUUUUUUUUUUGUUUUGUUUUGUUUUUUUCUUUCCUCAAAGGACUUAUGUGUGUGCGUGUGGAGUGUGUGCAACAAAGUGUGCGUUUGAAUGUGUGAAUUUGACAGCUAGUUACUUAGACUUUAAGUAUUCCUCUACUAUGAACUUGGAAUUGUCAAACACACCGCAAGUUCUUGUGUGUUUUGAGAAGUGAUUGUUGAGCCCUAGACGAGUGAUACAUGACCGUGGACAUAUCUCGCUCUUACAGUAUCUGUAAUGUCUUUCAGAUCUCAAAGCACUUGGUUUUAUCAGCACCAGUCCCCUCAAGAUUGUGUUUUCCCUUCUGUAAACCAUAUUUGCUGUUUGUUUGUUUGUUUUUUGUUUUUUUUUUAAGUUUUUAUUUUUAGCAGUGCAGCAGCACCAAUGCAUAAUUUGUCUGAAAGAAAUGUCAGCUGUCAUUGUGGAACAUUCAUGAGCUACAGAAUGUAAUGUAAGCUAAUGGUGCUUUUAGCCACCUGUGUCAGCGUUUCCAGUGAGCAUUUUCUUUUUAUGAAGCGGGUAUAUUUCAUGUGGGGUGGGCCGGGGUGGGUGGGUUUAUGAACAUGACGGAGUGAAUUUAAAGCUUUACAUGCUGUGCUCUGCAAAGAUAUGCUGGUGAUGCACUGAUACAGACGGCUGGAGCAGUUUUCUUGUAGGACUGUUUGAGCCACAUGACGGUGAAACUUCCUCUGCAAACAUCCCUGUUCUAAUAAAUUGCUUUAGAGGUGUUACAUGUA